AUGGAUUCAGAGGACUUAAGGUCACUGGAUGCUGCUAUAGUUUCGCAAGAUUCAUUAGAGCGGAAAAUAGAGACAAAUGCAGAGAAGUUUAUCAACCAACAUCAGUUAGAACAGGAAGAAGCACGCCUUAGCCGAUAUACAGAGAAGCUAAAAUUGCUAAAGCACCGAGUAGCUACGAUAGAAAGGAAUAUUCAAAAGGCUACAAGAAUUAGUGUCCGGGCCAGGCUACGAGAGCAAGUGUUAGAGUUGAAAGAAAAAGAGAUCAAACCAUUAUUGGAUGAUAUAAAUGAUAUUAAAGAAAGGAUUAAAGACAUUAAAAAGGAUAAUUCCUCUAAAUCAGACAGCGUAGAUGCCGAUGGAAGAAGACAUAGCGAGUCAGAACGAGAUUUUCUUAUAAGAACGGGUAAAAUUACGGCAUUUGGGAAUCUUACAGAAUUUAAAAUUGAAGAUGAGGUGACAACCGAGAAUACACAGAAAAUUAUAGAAGAGGAUGGCAUAAUACAGCCUGAAAAUAACGAUGAAGCAUAUAGCAGUGAUAAUCCCGAAGUAGAUGAAAUAGUUCUGAGUGAUGAAGGCGUUAUUAACGUUGAGGAGGAUAUCGAUGACGGGAUAGAAGAGCAUUACCAGAAGCGACUGAAAAAUUGGGUUGCAAAGCGAAGCGCUCAGCGUACGAAUGAUCCCCAUCCAGACUGGCCAGAGUGGGAAAAGCCCAAUCCUCUUAGAACAGGCGCGGAGUUGAAUGGCGGUUUCAAGAUACCGGGUGAGAUAUUUACUCAAUUGUUUAAUUACCAAAAGACCUGUGUACAGUGGCUUUACGAACUUUACCAGCAGAAGAGUGGUGGAAUAUUAGGUGAUGAGAUGGGUCUAGGUAAAACGAUUCAAAUCAUAGCGUUCUUGGCUUCAUUGCAUCACUCUAGAAAGCUAGAUGGGCCGAUUUUAGUUGUUUGCCCGGCAACUGUGAUGAAACAAUGGUGCAAUGAGAUACAUUCAUGGUGGCCACCAUUGCGUACAAUUAUAUUGCACUCAAUUGGCUCAGGCAUGGUUAAUAAGAAACGAUUGUCAGAGGACCAGAUGGAGGAGCUCUUCUUAACCUCUAGCCGAGACGAAUUGUCCUACGACCAAUACUCAGAUGACGUUAGCUUCCAUAGAACGCGGAAACAGCUUGAAGCAAAAUAUGGUGUCAGCACAUUGAUAAAAAGAGUAAUAGAACAGGGCCAUAUUUUGAUUUCUACAUAUGUUGGUUUAAGAAUACAUGCGGAUGAAUUGCUAAACGUGAAAUGGGGCUACGUAGUCCUAGACGAGGGCCACAAGAUCCGUAACCCCGACUCCGAAAUAGCUCUCACUUGCAAGCAACUUAAGACACAUCACCGGGUCAUAUUAUCUGGGACUCCAAUCCAGAACAAUUUGACAGAGCUAUGGAGUUUAUUUGAUUUUAUAUUUCCUGGCAAGCUAGGAACCUUGCCCAUAUUCCAGCAGCAAUUUUCAAUUCCGAUAAAUACUGCAGGAUAUGCAAAUGCUACAAAUAUGCAAGUACAGACGGGAUACAAGUGCGCAGUAGCGUUGAAAGACUUAAUUUCCCCAUAUUUACUGCGAAGAGUCAAAAGCGACGUUGCGAAGGACCUACCAAAAAAGAAUGAAAUGGUUUUAUUCUGCAAGAUGACCCAAUUCCAACGAGAGAAGUACCUGCAGUUUUUAAACUCCGAUGAGCUAGUCAAGAUUAAAAACGGCAAGCGGCAGGUGUUGUAUGGUAUCGACAUUUUGCGUAAGAUUUGUAAUCACCCCGAUCUCUUGGAACGCGAGUUUAUUAAACAAAAGCGGUCAUAUGGAGAUCCUAAGCGCUCCGGAAAAAUGCAAACAGUCAAGCAACUACUCGUAUCUUGGCGCAAGCAGGGCCAUAAGGCGUUGCUUUUCACUCAAUCUAGGCAAAUGCUUGACAUAUUGGAAAAAGCAGUAACCGAAAAGUACAAGGAUCUUUCCGACCUAAAAUACCUCCGCAUGGACGGUACUACGAAUAUUGCAAAACGCCAGAAUCUCGUUGAUAAAUUUAACAACGAGGACUACGACUUAUUCCUGCUUACUACCAGGGUAGGCGGUCUCGGCGUCAAUCUAACUGGCGCCAAUAGGAUUAUAAUUUUUGACCCGGACUGGAAUCCAUCGACCGACCUGCAAGCUAGAGAAAGAGCUUGGCGGAUAGGACAGAAAAGGGAGGUCAUAAUUUACCGUCUCAUGAUUUCGGGAUCUAUAGAAGAGAAAAUCUAUCAUCGCCAGAUUUUUAAGCAGUUUUUGACUAAUAAGGUCCUUAAUAACCCCAAACAAAAACGGUUUUUUAAGAUGAACGAACUACAUGAUCUCUUCUCCCUUGGCAAUGAGCACAGUUUUGCAAACGAAGAGUUUUCGCAAGAGGUUAAAAAGCAAACCCAAAAAAUGAUAAAAGAUACCGCAGCAGAUGCCGACGAUUUUAAUGAAAUUGUCAAUUUCGAGGGUGUAGCUAAACUGGAGGGGUUUUAUAGCUCAAAAGAACAAAAAGAAAAACAGAAGGACGAGGAUUCAAGAUUAUUGGAAGGUUUAUUCAGUGGAGGUGACGUAACAAACGCAGAAACGAAUAAUUUCCCCCCUCAUUUUCUAGACCCUGCAACAGACAAUAAUAUCUCAAAAGAAGCCAGCCGCGUCGCAGAAAAUGCUGUUGCAAUGUUACGAAAAUCAAGAAAGAUCACAAAAAGAUUCGAGGUAGGAACUCCAACCUGGACUGGGAAGUUUGGAAACGCCGGUAGGAUCAAAAAGAAGAAAUCGAACCAGACAAAUUCCUCGACGUUAUUAGCAAAAUUUGCGGAAUCAAGUAAUACGAUUAAAAAUAUCUCAAUUGAUGAUAAUGUAGUAGAUAAUUACACCGAGAUUUUAGGAAGGACUCAGGAUUAUUUGAAGAAACGCCCUGAUUUUUUCAGUAAAUCGGAGGAUAUUAUGAAAACCCUCGGCGUUGAAAUUAGAAAUAAGGAGGAGCUUAUGAGAAUAAGGGCGCUUCUUAAGGAAAUAGCCACAUUCGAUAAAGCAAAAUUGGGCUGGGUACUGAAAAGCGAAUUUCGAGAUCGGGCAGCUUGA